UUGUACCUUGGAGGCUCCCGCACCGCACGCUUAGAAUUUGAUCCACUUCUUGUCUGAACGGUUCUAUGGCGUCUGGCGAGCGGUGAAUGGAACUUCCUCUCAUCGAUUGUCACCGUGUACGGGAAUGAACCUCGAAGACGCGUUCGCGUGGGCAAGGGUUUCUAUCGGUGAUUCUCCUAUACCAGGCUUUAUUCUCAACAUGCCACGCACAAUCGAGGGGGUGCCAACAGAACUCCAAAUAGCUCGUGAAUGUGCUCUGCUCGGGAACUACGAUACGGCCCUCCUGUAUUUUGAGAGUAUACUACAAACCAUUCAGCUCUAUGCGAAGACGGUGAGCGACACAAGCUUACGAGAACGAUGGCUUCUCACGCGGCAGGAACUGUCGCUGGAAUUCCAAGUAAUUAAAGAUAUAGGAAUGGAGCUGGCGAGCUUCAAGGAGAGACCCUUGGGCUCCAAUUCCUUCACUAGGAGCAAAUCCUCUUUGGACGAUGAACCAUCGUAUGGCGACCCGGUAGAUAAGGAUGUUUGGCCGGCCCCUGAUCCACCAGCACGAAGACCAAUAUAUCGCAAGACCAAAGCAAACGAUGAGGACAAUUUACCCUCAUGGGCGCGAAAUCAAGUAAAUUCGAGCAUAUCUUCAGCACGGGCAGCUGCACAACGUGGGAAAGCGGCGGCUGUCUCAAAAUCUGCCGUCAGUAAGGGGAAGAUUGGAGGAAGCAAAUCUUCCAGUAGUGGCAAACCUGGCACAGCAUCGCCUCCUCCAGGGAAGAAGUUGGUUCGGAAAGCGCAAUCUCAACCGACUCUCGUUGACCGAGUGGCUAGAGAAAAAGAGGACAACAAGGAAAAGGUUGCACCAGAGACUGACGAAAAUGGGAAACCGAACUUUGAUGGUGCCGGUUAUGAUAAGGAACUUGUCGAGAUCGUUAAGCGGGAUAUCUUGCAGUCGACCCCCAAUGUGAGAUGGACAGACAUUGCAGGUUUACGAGAGGCCAAGAGUCUGCUGGAAGAAGCGAUUGUCCUGCCCCUUUGGAUGCCUGAUUUCUUCCAAGGGAUACGUAGGCCUUGGAAAGGCGUGUUGAUGACUGGUCCGCCUGGUACGGGGAAGACUCUACUGGCCAAGGCCGUGGCAACUGAAUGUGGGACCACGUUUUUUAACGUGACAGCAAGUAUGUUGACGUCCAAAUGGCGUGGGGAUUCGGAAAAAAUUGUUCGAUUGCUUUUCGAAAUGGCUCGACAUUAUGCCCCCUCGACCAUCUUCAUCGAUGAAAUCGAUUCUGUGUGCAGCACGAGGGGAGAGGGCUCUGAGCAUGAAGCCAGUCGUAGAGUCAAAUCUGAGAUUCUCAUGCAAAUGGACGGUAUCAGCGGCUCCCUGGGUACCAAUGCCGAGGGUGAGAGAGAGCCCAUUGUAAUGGUUUUAGCGGCAACCAAUUUUCCAUGGCAUAUUGAUGAGGCAUUGCGAAGACGUCUCGAAAAGAGAAUAUACAUACCUUUACCCGACUUAGAAACCCGCCGGGAACUGCUGCGAUUAAACCUGCAAUCUAUUAAAAUCGCAGAUGAUGUUGUUCUGGAAGAACUGGCUGAAAAGAUCGACGGAUAUAGCGGCGCUGAUAUAACCAAUAUAUGCCGCGAUGCGUCCAUGAUGAGCAUGCGCAAACGGAUUCGCGGUCUCAGUCCAGAACAGAUCCGCAGUAUUUCUAAAGAGGAACUUGAAGCGCCGGCCACAAAGGAAGAUUUUGAAGCGGCCAUAUCGAAAAUACAAUCAUCAGUCAGCCAGGCCGAUCUGAAGCGGUACCAGGAAUGGAUGGACGAGUUUGGAUCGUAUUAGAUCCAGCAUCAAACUGGCGGGUGGUAUCUACUGUUCCUUCGGCGCGUGUAUCCGGUAAAUACCUUGUCCACCAUCAACCUAGGAUUCUUGUUGCAAUGGACUCAGCCCAUUCCCGCAUAUCCAAUCCAUCUACAAUAGCAUUCGCACAGAAGGGCUCUGCUAGGAGAACCGAUGGUGAGGGUCGUUGUGCCGGAUCUUUGAUCAGACUAUGUGUUGUCAGAAAAUAUACUGCAA